AGCCCCGAAUUCACUCAGCGGCUGAAUAACAAAAUCAGGGAGCUGCUCCAGCAGAUGGAGAGGGGGCUCAAGUCCGCCGACCCGCAGGACUGCACCACGUACACGGGCUGGGCAGGGAGGGUGGACAGCAUUGCUUUGCUGUAUUUGCACCUGUAUGAUGUGUAUGGAGACCCAGCCUACCUUCAGGUGGCCCACGAGUACAUGAAGAAGAGCCUGAGCUGCCUGACGAGACGAUCCAUCACUUUCUUGUGUGGAGACGCCGGGCCCCUGGCAGUGGCUGCUGUCAUCUACCACAAACUGCAGAACCACAAGCAGGCAGAUGACUGCAUCACUCGCUUGCUCCAUCUACACAAGCUUGACCCACGAGUGCCAGAUGAACUGCUGUACGGGCGCAUGGGCUAUCUCUAUGCACUGAUAUUUGUGAACAAGCACUUUGGAGAGGAAAAGAUCCCUCAAAGCCACAUUCAGCAGGUCUGUGAAGCAGUUGUAGCCUCAGGAGAGAGCUUGGCCAAAAGGAGGAACUUCACAGCAAAGAGCCCACUGAUGUAUGAGUGGUACCAGGAGUACUACGUUGGAGCAGCCCAUGGCUUGGCUGGGAUUUACUACUAUCUCAUGCAGCCUGGUCUUGGAGUGAGCCAAGUAAAACUGCACAGCACAGUCAAAGCCAGCGUGGACUACGUAUGCCAGCUCAAGUUCCCAUCCGGCAAUUACCCCCCAUGCAUCGAUGACACCAGAGACCUGCUUGUCCACUGGUGCCAUGGGGCACCAGGUGUUAUCUACAUGCUUGUCCAGGCCUACAAGGUCUUUGGGGAACAGCAGUACCUAAACGAUGCCCUGCAGUGUGCAGAAGUGAUCUGGCAGCAUGGGCUACUGAAGAAGGGCUACGGGCUGUGCCACGGGACAGCCGGCAAUGCUUACGCCUUCCUAGCACUGUACAACCUCACGCAGAACAUGAAAUACCUGUACAGGGCCUGCAAGUUUGCAGAGUGGUGUUUAAGCUAUGGUCAACAUGGGUGCCGGACUCCAGACACACCAUUCUCUCUCUUUGAAGGAAUGGCCGGGACGAUAUACUUUCUUGCUGACCUGCUGGUGCCAACCAAGGCCAAGUUCCCCGCGUUUGAACUCUAAAUCCGAGUUUGGCAUUUUCCUGCCUGAACCCGUCCGCACUUGGAAAAGCAGUUUGAAGCUGCCUUCUCCUUCUCCCAAACUCAUUGUUGUUCACCUAACUGAACGUAAAUCCAUCCUCCUGAGGGCAUGCCAAGUUCUCUAAUAUUUCUAGCCAUCUCAUUGCACUGUUUCAAUUUAAAAAAACGCAGAUUUUGCUGGUGUCUCUUAAAAAUGCAGGGCUGCAGGUGGGAGCAGGGAGAAAAUGUACAGUAUUUUGUUGGCUAUAGAGUUUUGCUAUUUUCUGUAUCCUAUUUCCUCAGAGAAAGUUUUCUAUUGAAUG